GUCAAUGUCAUUAUAAAACGCGCUCUUCGGCUCGGCGUUGAGCGUUUAAUCUGUUUGUUUAUUUGGUUAUUAUCUACAAAAUAUUACAUAAAAGUAUUAAUUCACCACCACCUAUAUAUAUUAUUCAUCGUUCAAAACGUAACAUUCAAAAUGGGAGAUGAGGAUGUUAUUCGAAGAAGACUUUUGAUAGAUGGGGAUGGUACAGGAGACGACAGAAGACUGAACGUGCUGUUAAAAACAUUGAUAAAAUGGUGUAAUAGCACUGAUGACAAACCUGAAGAAAGUAAAGCAACGCAUGAUAGAAUGCUAGCCCAGUUAGCACAAUGUGAAUUUGCUGUGACAAAAUCGCAGCUAGGCUCAGAAAUGAUGUCGGCUGAGUUACAAAGUUACGAAGCAAUGUCAAAGGUACUGGAGAAGUCAAUAGAAGUAGCCAAAAGUCACAUAGAAAAGAGUAAAGCUGAUUUGGCUCAAGCAAAGACAGUGCGCAAAAAUCGCAUAGAGUAUGAUGUGCUGGCAAAGGUAAUCAGUGAACAGCCAGACAGGAAGGAAACUUUAGAGCGUCUUGGCACUUUAAAAACAGAACUGGCCAAUCUGGAGUCGACAAAGCAGCAAUUGGAAAGCCGUUUAGCUUUAAGAAAAAAACAGUUUCAUGUUUUGGUUACCUCUAUACAUCAACUACAAGCAUUGCUGGAUGAGCCUGAUGACACAGAGUCAGUGUCUGAUGAUAUUGAAAUGAAGGAUAUUUUGAAUGAACCCUAGUGUUACUUUUUAAGUUAAGUGUAGCUCUACUAUAUUAUGUUGCAGGAACUAUUUUUUACAUUUAUAUUGACUUCUUUCUAUGUUUUCUGUAAGGUGCAGUGGUUGGGCAACUAGCUACUGUCACAUGUUGAUUGGUCGUUUCUUGCAUGGAAUAACUCUUUGUAAUCCAUAAAUUACUGUCUGGAUCUAGUUAGAC